AUGGCCGGGGCGCCACCCGCCGACGCCAUCGAGGCUGUCCCGACCGCCGACGUGGAGAUCGAGAAGCGCAUCUACAGGUGGGUGGGCAGACACCCCAAUAUCGUCCACUCCGUUGGCAUCGACGAAGGAGGCAUCCACCUAGAGCGGGCCAAGGACGACAGCCUCAGCCAAUACUUCAAAGAGGGCGGCACCUCGACUAGAGGAGCGUGUCCGGUUGAUAUCGGCGGCCAAAAUAUACUGCUCGACGCAGGCAGAACUAUCAAGGUCUGUGGCUUCGCUGGCUCAUCUAUCGACGACAUCCCCCAUACUGUUGUUGCCCAAGACGGUUUCCGCCAUCCCGACGACGACGAGGCGAUGGGCGACACCCUCCGGGCCGAGAUACACGCUCUUGGAUUCACCAUAUUUGAGAUCAUGACCUCGACGUGCCCGCACUGGUGCGAGGAAGAAGAGACCGGAAUGGCACUCGACUUGAUGCGCAAGGACGUGUACUGCGAUAUUGAUGGUGUGGUACUCGGGUGUGUCAUCUCGGCAUGUUGGGAAGGAAACUACGUCUCUGCAGAGGAAGUCGCCGAGGGUAUUGAGGUAGAGCUACAGAGAUGUGGUUCUGAAUAUAGUCACUAUGGGCAUUGA